AUGUUCUUUUCCCCCUCAAUCCUCUUAUCUUACUUUCCGAUACACUUUAGCGGUUCUUGGAGCGUCGCUGCAUCUUCAGAUUGUCAGGCACCAGCGCCUUAUAAACUCAAAACUCCUCCGUUUACGACUGAUUGGACUGUAGGCGCAUCACCAUGGCCUGAAUACUCUCCCCCCUUGCUCAGAAGGCAGCAUGGCAUCAAUCUUAACGGGCCCUGGCAAUUCAAACCAGCCAAGAAAUUCAAAACCCACCCUACGGCGGAUGUGGCUUCGAUAGUGAAAUUCUGGCACCUUUCCCGAUGGAAAUGUUUUGCCACGAUUUUUGUGAACGGAAAAUCGGUCGGAUUCCACAGAGGAGGAUAUUUCAAAUUCUCAUUGGACUUGACCGACGCGCUCAAAGGGCCGGGUCAAGAAAACGAGCUGUUGGUAUUUGUAUAUGACCCAACCGAUUCCAAAGAUACCUUGAUCCCCCUUGGCAAUGAAGGAUUGGGACAAUUCAAAUUGUCUGAAAUUGAACUCACGCCAAAGGUCAAAGAGCUGGACCCAACCCGCACGGUUCUGUCGGUCUCAGGUUGGAGAGACUCCGGCGCCGGUGACUUUCAUGAUAACCACCACUAUCCAUACCCACAGUGCGGAACACCCUUCUAUUCUCUGCCCUCGACACCCUACAAUCCAGCAAGGAUAGCCGUACAGGGAGAAUUCAGCGAAAUUGGACACAUCCCCGAUCGCCAAAAUCUUUGGAACGUGCAAAGUCAUAUUGAUACGCUGAAUCAAACUUACAAAGUCGCAUCCAGCAUCGAAAUUUGGAACUACAGAGCCAUUUGCUUUGUGGAAGACCUUAGGGAUCAAGCUCAACUCUUCAGCUGUAGUGGUGGCGUAUUCACAGUUAGUAUUAUGAGCGAUCUAGCAGAUUGA